AUUUCGUUCUUCACUUCAGACCUCUACAUGCUCACAGAGAGAGCGACACGACAAAUAGAAAGUAGGUAUAGGACAAUACUGAUUGCCGGAGCUACGCCGGAUUCUUCAAAUGACGGCUGAAUACUCGCCGGAGGAGCUUCCUCAUGGCUGGACUGUGCAAUUCAAUGUUCUAAAAACGGGUCGCAAAAUUAAGUAUUAUUUGAACUCUGGAACUGGUCAAAAAUACUUCUCCACGGAUGAUUUCAUACGCUAUUUUAGAGGACAAGGGACUCAACUUGACCAACAUCACCCAUCUAAAAGUCUCAUCGGACUGCCCUCAAAAAAAAAGCAGCAGCUUAUAGAAUAUGCAAAUGAACGUCCUGAAUGGUUACCUAAUGGUUGGGUUGUGGAAUUAAAAACCAGAAAAAGUGGUGAUGCCAGCGGAAAAGUGUACAAGUGUUAUGUUGACCCGUCUACUGGGUGUAAAUUCUAUUCCAAGCCGGCGGUGGUUAGAUAUCUGGAAACCAUAAAGCAGAGAAGUUACACACCGAAACAGAAGGAGACACUGAAGAGUGCACUCCCCACGAGCGAAGUUAAGUUUGAGAAGUCUACAGUGGACGAUUUACCUCCAGGGUGGAUCAAAGAGAUCAAAAUUACAGCUAAUGCAAAUGGAAUCAGAAAAGACCCAUAUUACAUAGAUCCAAUAAAAGGAUAUGUAUUCCGCUCCAAAAGGGAUGUCGAACGCUACCUAGAGACUGGAAAGAUUAGUAAACAUGCAUUUUUACCAAAGAAAAGGCACACCGGUGAAAGAAUAUUGGUACAUGUGAAUCUCACCUGUUACUUCCUACCAUCACCUGCAGCUAAAAGGCAGAAAGUAAAGCACCCUGCUCAUGGUCAACAGCUUCUUACAGGUAAAGGGAGAUCUGAUGUGGACAGCAGAACAUCUUCAGAAGCUGACUCCUUAAGGAAAAGCAGAGGCAAGAGUGUAACCAGUGUGACUAUGCUGCCUGUGGUUGGCACACUUGAUAGACCUUCACAGAAGAGUCCAAGGGACAAUGUGAUGGAUAAUGAUGUUAAAUACAAGGAAAACUCUAACAGAAACUUCUCAGCACCAACAAAGGCUGAAGUUUCCAGGAGAAAUCAAGACAAAAGGACCAAUGUCUGUGAUGGAUAUGGGCUUUUAAUUCCCAAGGGUAAUAAUGAGCAAGGGCAGUCUCUUGAGAGUGAGAUAAGCAGAGACGAAAGCUCGAAAAGAAAAACUGAGAAUAGUUUGUGCAAAUCCAGUGGCAAGAAAUGGUUUAACUUGCCUCGUCGAUCUUCAAGGAGACUUGCUGGUAUUGAGCCUGAGCUGGUGGACAACUCACUGCUUGUGCAAGCAAAUUCUGAAGCUGACAACAAGCAAGGGCAGAACUCUUAUGAGAGUGCAAUCAAGGGGGAUGAAAGCUACAAAAGAAGAACUCAUACAAGUAAAGCUGAUAAUAAGAGAGGGCUAUUGCCUUGCCGGUCUUCAAAGCGACUUGCUGGGAUUGAACCUGAGCUGGUGGCCAACUCAGUAUCCAUUGUGCAAGCUCUUCCAAAAACAAUCAAGUCUCCUAAAAUUGAAGCCAUUCUAGCUGUGGGAUUGAAAUCAGAUGUUUUAGCAGAUAAAAAAUGCGACCAAAUCCAGGCUGAAUCCAUUACACAGAUUUUGGAUCAUAGUUCCUCUAAUGCUGACAAUCCUUUACUUGAAGAUACAUCAAAGAAGAACCCAAAGUAUGAUACAACCUGCUCUGUAUUGUCUGAGGCCAAUGUCUCCAAGAGAAACCAAUGUGAAAUGGUUAGUGCUGUUGACAAACCUGUUUUGACUCCUACAGCUGAUACCAGGGAAGAGGAGAAUUCUCUUGAGAGUGGGGCCAAAGGGAGGGGCCAAGGAAAAAUUCAAAAUAUUUUGAUCAGAACCAGCAAUAAGAAAGGGAUAAAUUUACCUCGUCGUUCUUCAAAACGACUUGCAGGUCUUGAACCUGAGCUGGCAGCAAACUCAGAGUCCAGUGCACAAGCUGUUCAAAAUGCAAAAACAUCCUGUAGAAGUGAAUCCAUUCAAGCUGCGAGUUUGACUUCAGAUGCUUUGGCAAACAAACCAUCUCAGCCACUCAAGGCUGAACCUAGAACUGAUUUUACCCCUCAUGCUUUGACUGACUUCAGUAAUUCAUUAACUGGAGAACUGUCAAGCCAGAAUCAAGUGUCCAUUCAUGGCCAAGCUUUUUCCAAGGACCAAUCACAAGUGCUGAAAACAGACAAAACCAAUAAUGAGAAGUCAGAACCACAGCUCAUCCCUCCAUUUGGGGAGUUCUUGUCAGACCCAUGUCUUGAAUUUGCAUUUAAGACUCUUACAGGUGAAAUACCAGUUGAGAUAGCUGCUGAUAAUGGGCAGGUUUCAACUCCUGCAGCUGAUAUCAUUGAUGAGAGGAAAUUCCUCGUAAAAAAGACAGAUAAAAGCGUCAAUGGGAAAAUUCUGAAAAACUCAGGCAAAUACAAAAAAAAUAAGAAGCUUCAUUUGCCUCAUCAAUCUCCAGAACAACUUUUAGGGCUUGAACAGGAGCCAACAGCCAGCUUAAUCUCCAACCAACUUGCUUUCAAAACUAAAGGUAGAAAGUCUAGUAAAACUGAAGCUUUUCUAGAUAUGGGUUUGGCUGCAGACAACUUAGCAAUGGGUGCUUAUCAGCAGUUCAAGGAUGGGACAAAAGCAGAAUGUGUACAUCAUCAAUCUGCAAAUGUAAAUUCUGUACCACAAAUUGAGCCAUCAAGUAACAGGGUAGAUCACCUCAAUGACAUUGCAAAUGAAGAGCAUUCACGAAAGCUGGAAAUUGAGAAGAAUGUUAACAAGCCGGAGCAGCAGCCUAUCUUUUCCUUUGCAGAUUAUUGGUCAGACCCUUGCUUUGAAUUCGCAUUCAAGACUCUUACAGGUGCAAUACCAAUAGAGGAUAAUUUGCCAGUCCAGAAUUACUUGCAGCAGCAAGUUGACACUUCUCAAACUCAGAGGGAUGGUUACUUCCCGCAACGAGUUGAUUCUUCUCAAACAUUUACGGAUGGUAGUUUGGCACUUCCAGAUUAUGGCCUACCCAGCUUUUUUCAAACAGAUAUAUCAGUUCACUUUGAUGCUCCAGAGAAGCAACUUACAUCCCAACCACAAGUGCCCCUAAAUAAUCCUUGCUUCCUGCCUUCUGGGAAUGUGAGCUUACCAACCUGCAGUAGCAUUGGUUCUCAACAACCGGAACGUUUGAAGGAGAACAAGGGACUGCGCGGGAAGGUGAACUCCUAGAGUUGAAUUACCUCUUACUAGUUGUAUUAUUAUAAUUAUCAGCGAUAAUAUGCAGCUUUUUCCAUCAAUAGCCUUUCAUGUUGUAUAAUGGCUUUGUAAUUUACCCGGAAGUGCAUUUUAAACUGUUGUAAGGUAGUCUUUUAACUUGAUAGUUUAUUCAGAAGAUGUAGGAGCGAAACUUGUAAGGUGUUGUAUUUUCUUUCCAUCCCUCAUUAAUGAAUAGAAAAUGAAGGUUUUUUCACCA